UAAGCAGAACCAAAAUUGUGUAUUUUGUAUGGGUACCCGGUACCCAUCUGGAACCGAGUUUGAAGGGGGACACACGGAGAAUGAAGACCAUCGCGCAAACUAUCAGUGGGGAGUUGAGACUCAAGUUGAAGGCUGCUUUCUCAUGGAUCUGAGGACAUCACAAAAACCGCGCAGGAGAUCGUUUACAUUGUGUCCGUGUCCAGCAACGGAGAGUUGCUUUCGACUUUCUUGGACUGAUUGAACUGGGUGCUGACCGAACUGCGCAGGCCAUAAAAGACAGACCUUUGAAGCACUUCCAGGAGGCAUGAUCACUGGACGACAAAGUUGGUCGCCAUGUGCACAGACAAGGCUGCUGUUAACGUCGGUAUGUACAACGGAAUUGUGCCAAAACUAUGCCAACUGGCUGCGGUGGGAGACUCCCUUGUGCAGAGUCUGUCACACGUGUUGAAUCUACUGGCAUCAAGUGAAGACGGUACUCUGUUGAUGUCACUCUCUUAAGGAACUUUCCUAGAAAAUCGGAAACUCGACACUUGGUUUUCCUCCAUUGUUGUUAAUCUCAACGCUUUCUUUAGUUGUGCUUGUGAACCACACUCCACAAUGAUCAGUCCUCUUCUCUUCACAUCCACUAACUUAACAUCACCAAGUUUGUCCGUGAUCCAACCUGCUACCUCGUGCUUGUCAGACAGAACUCAGCUAUAUUUCACCCAAAACACAAUGGAAGCUGUACCAGCCAAUAUUCUUGGAGACUUGCGGCCUCAGGCAUUACAAGCCUGUGUCAUUGGAAUAGAUGAAGGACAGUUUUUUUCAGACACAGUGGAGUUUUGUGAAGAAAUGGCCAAUUUAGGGAAGAUAGUCAUUGUAGCUGCCUUGGAUGGAACCUUUCAGAGAAAACCCUUUGGAAACAUCCUGAACCUCAUCCCUCUAGCGGAGAGCGUAGUGAAGCUCCACGCCGUCUGCAUGCAGUGUUACAAAGAAGCUGCCUACACCAAGAGGAUAGGAGAAGAGAAGGAGGUGGAAGUGAUUGGUGGAACUGACAAGUACCAAGCGGUGUGUAGAAAGUGUUACGGAGGUCUGGUGGUGCAAAAAGAGAACAGCGCUCCUUUCAAGAGCGAAACUCCACAAAACAUCUACGGAGGAAAAGUUGUGGACUCUGCGUUUCCCAGGAAGCUUUUCUCCUCUCUCCAACUUUGAACAAAAAAAAGACUUGCUGCAAAAGUUCAGCAGUGGGAACAAAUCCUGUAAUCAAUUGUUUGUGUGUGUGCGCAUUGGAGUGGCUUUUCUUAAAUCUAAAUGUUUUUCUGUUAUUUUAAGGUGCCUCUAAGUUACUGCUAAAUAACUAAAUUUGAACAUAAUAAUGUAUUUCCUUUGUUGGUGUUAGGUGUUUUAUAGGUGCAUGUAUUUUUAUUUUUACAUAAUAUAAAGUUGCACUUAAAUAGCCGUAAACAAUGAUUUAAGCAUCUUAUUAACUUUCAUAGGUUUAACUACUCUGUGGUUUUAAUAUAUGUAGUUUUAGUUUCUUUCAACAUCUUUAUUGUUAGCCUGCCUAAUGUAAGAUAUUAAAUUAUUUUUUGUAACUAAAUGUAUUGUGCAUGUGAAAUGCAGUGGUGGUUUCUUUCACAUUCACGGUUUACGAGUUUUGACUAGUGUUUUCUGAACAUGUAUUAGUUACACAUCAGGAUUAAUAAACUUAAAUUAUGCUUA